GCGGUGGUAGUAAUGGUAGUGACGGAUCAUGUGGAGUGGUGUUGGAAGAAUCCCUAGAUUGAAUGGGACUCUUUCAUCUAUCUGCUACCUCCAAACGAUCAAUAGAAGCUUGCAUGGAUUCCAUCAUUGUCUUAAGGGAAGUGACAAUGGUAGUGAGAGCUUCAAAUUUUGCAUCAGUUUCUCCCUUAUAAGAGUUCAGUUGUUGAACAACUUCACUAUUGGCUACCAUGCUGAUGAUAAACAGAAAGCACUCAAAGAGUAAUGGCAAAAUAGUAAAUAAAUGAAGGCUUAAAGGAGAAUGGCAGAAUGGUAAUUAAAGGCAAUCACUAAGUGAAUGGUAAGUCUGUAAUAUGUGGGUUAUGUUUAGAAAUGCAAUUGCAACAUAUGUGUAAGGGCAAACUUGGAAGACAAUCUUGAAAGGAUAACUCAGGUAUAGAAGUAAAGCUUGAGGGCUAUUCUGGAAAUCAGAAAAAGCUAAAGGAAAGAAUAAGAGAUUGUGGGUGGAAAGUAGGUUUACCGAUAGAGGAAGGGGUCUCUUACUCAGCGUUGGAACCAGCACCGACUGUGUCUGCAAUGAUGGAAGAUCAAGGUAGCAGCGGUCUUUGGAGGAGGUGUGGACUGUGAUGAAAUUUUCAGGAAGGGUCGAUGUCGAAGGAGAUGGUGACCUACAGCUGUAACUCUGUAACUCCAAAACCAGAAUCAGAGUCUAGAAGCUGCAUCAAGGAGGCCAAGGAAGAAGAUGGAGGAACAAGACGGAGAAGAAAAAGAAGGAAGAAAGUAAGGUGGAGGAAGAAGAAGAAGAUUGUGAACGGCCCAUGGUUAGUCCAGCAUUUGAAAAGCUGGAUAUUGCAUUUGGGAGAUAGACUAUCCUGGAAUGACUGUCAUCGCGUUUGGAGAGAGCUUAAUCAGCCAGCAGACCAUGAUGUAGAUCGAGCCUGCAAAAGAAGGGGGCUGCGGGUUCCAACAAACCAGCCAGCCAACCCCAAUGUUGGCCCACCAAGCCAACUCAAAACCAGAGAUUACAUUCACGUGAACAGUACCCGUGAACAGUAAUUUGGUCCCAUUUUGUUUCCUUUUGUGUUAACAAGUAGCCAAAGUCAGAUUUAGUCUUCUAGAAUAGUCUUUUAUUGUUUUAUGUUAGUUUCCAGAGUACAAGUCAGUAGUUAGUUACUAAAAGUCAUUAGUUUAUAUAUUUAUGUUGGUUUCCUUUUUUAGUUCGUUUCUUAAUUGUAAAAUUGUGCCUAGCCUAUUUAAAGAGACCUUUGUAAUCAAUUUGAUUUGAGGAGAUUGAAUGACGUUUAUUUUGAGAUGA